CAACAACGAAACGACUUCGUGGCUCCGAUUCGUUUGCCAAUUAACGGUUUCACGCCCUGUUAACUCUCUCUGCAAAGUACUAUUUCAACUUUCCCUCACGGUACUUGUUUGCUAUCGGUGUCGUAGCCGUAUUGCAUAGCCUUACGAGUAGUUUACCUCGCUCUUUAAGUUGCACUCUCAAGCAACUCGACUCUAACAAAUUGGAACCUUUUUAGGGGCCCCUCCGCAAUUCGUGAUACCAAUGCCUGCACGGUAUGGGGCUUUCACCCGCUCUGGCUCAACCAAACAUCCAAGUUGCCCCAAAUGUUAGGUCAUAUGCAAUUAGUCCAAGUCAAUGGAACUUGCAUGCUAGGCUAGGAGUAGACGACGCUUUUACACGCCGGCUACCAAUGGAACCCAUCCCAUCGAACCUAAGCGCUAGGCUUAUUCCUGUUCACUCGCCGUUACUUGGGAAAUCGCUUUUGCUUUCUUUUCCUCCGCUUAAUAAUAUGCUUAAAUUUAGCGGAGUGUGUACCAUACAAGGUAGCACAGGAUUUGUGCAAGCACAAGUCCAACUAUCAUCAUUAGUAGCCUCGCUGCUUUCAGUCGUCCUUAGAGUAGGAGUCCUUUCCGCAAUCAUAGGCCUUAUAAGAGGUAACAUCGUGCGACUAUUGCCGAGUACCACAAUACCUAGGCACAGAGAUCUCUCUCAAGCCAGGAUGGUUAUAGUUCUAACCGACCCUCAUACAGGCAAGGCUUUAGUUAUCGCUAACCAAAGCCGCAAUAUGCGUUCGAAUAUCAGGCGCUCAGUUAAUUCUGCAGUUCGCGCCGCCUAUCGCAGUCUAGCUGCGUUCUUCAUCGAUCUACGACCCAAGUGAUCCACCGUUAAUUGUGAAUGUUUUGUCUUAUGAUUAUAAGUAUAUUAUUGAAAUUUUUGUUUAAGGUAGCAUUUGGAGAACACUACAUUUUUGUUCAUGUAUGAUAUGAGUUUGUUGUUGUAUUGCAAAACACAACGGUGGCAAGUUAAGUAUGC